AUGCAGACUGCUUCUACAAACAUUUGUGAAAGAAUGGGUCACUCUCAGGAGCUCAGUGAGUUCAAGCAUGGUACCAUGAUAGGUUGCCAACUGUGCAAUAAGUCCAUCCAUGAAAUGUCCUUGCUACUAAAUAUUCCACGGUCAACUGUUAGUGGUAUUAUAACAAAGUGGAAGCAACUGGUAACAGCAAGAACUCAGCCACAAAGUGCGCAUGCUGAAGUCUCCAACUGUCUGUAGAGUCAAUAGCUAAAGACCACCAAACUUCAUGUGGCCUUCAGAUUAGCACAACAACAUUGCAUACAGAGUGUCAUAGAAUGGGUUUCUAUGGCCAAGCUGCUGCAUCCAAUCCUUAUCACCAAGUGCAAUGCAAAGCGUUGGAUGCAGUGGUGUAGAGCAUA